AUGCAAAUACAAUAAAAGGUAUUCUUAAAUGCAAUUAUAUUGCUGAAAUGUGAUUAUUAUCGCAAUUUCUUAGUAAUUAUUCAUAAAUCUAAUUUAGAAGCAUUCGAUUUGAGAAAAUCUGUAUAAAUUCUGAGAAAUUUUGUUUUGAUAUCUACUAAGUGAUUGCCCAAUUGAGAGAAUUGCAGUUUUUAUCACAAAAGUUGGGAACAAUUAAGAGAACAGGAACUAGCUUAAUCCUAAAUAAAGUUUAUCAAACCAGGGAUAAAAUGUGGCAAGAAAAGGUGCAAUUGCAAUCAACAUUCCUGCAUUCUUAAAUAAUUAUUUUAAUCCUUAUAUAUAAGGGUUAUGUCCUAAAAUGAAAUGUUUAAAAGAUCAUAUCAUAUUGAUUGAGAAAACAGUAUCUCCAAGCUCAAUCAGAAGAAUGCUUUAAAGCCUUGUAUAACAAUUGAAUACGAACGAAAAGCGAGGCUAAAUUAGCUUCCUGAUAACCAUGACGUAUAACUAUUAUGUGAAAAAUCUGAGUUUUAAUUUAUAAGAAAUGGAUCAAAGAUAUAAAUUAAUAUAAUUUUUAUUCUGGAUUCGAAUAAAGAACGAAUUUUUAAAAUGUUAAGGCAGAUUUCCAGAAACAUAAAACUAGAUACUUUUACUAGAAACUGGAAUAAUUAAUAAUGGAAAAUUUAUAUUAAAAUUGAUGAGGAGAGCACAAGAAAGGCACCAUAAGUUUAAUUAUAACAAUAUAUCAUACCGAACUCAAUAAAAUAAUUCCUCAACUUAUAGUUUAUAGCCUUUUGAUGCCAUCAAUAAUAUAUUAUAUAGAUGUAAUCCUAGAAAUUUCAAAAAAUUUAGUUGCAAUCAGAAGAAGGUUAAUGAUUAAGAAAUAACACAAGCGAAGAUGAAGUAAAAAUUAGAUUUCACUCUCUUGCUAAAUGACAAAUUUCUAUAAUUAGAGACUAAAGUAAAAUGGUCUAUUAAAUGA